CCACCUCUCGCGCAUAUCUCACUAUCCCGCCCGUCGUACCUGUCCGACAACCCCCUCCGUAUCUCACGACUUCUUGAUCAAUCAUGCCCGCCAAGAAGCGUUGCCAGCUCCAGUCCGAACCCCGUUGCAACCAAGCUGUCUUGCGUAUAGUCGGGCAAUGUCCCCACUGUCGCUUAGAGUUCUGUGGCACACAUCGUAUGCCUGAGCACCACGAGUGCCAGAACCUGGAGAGUUGUCGACAGCAGGCGUUUGAGAAGAACAAGGCGAAGUUGGAGAGCGAGCGGACUGUUGCCUCCAAGAUGGCGGCGGCAUAACCAGCCUACCCUCCCCCUCCCUUCCGCAGCCCCCACGCCACGCAACCCGAUCACUGGGGGCGCGUAGGCCAUGCCAUUCCCCCUGGCCCUCUACCACAACUUCUUCAUCUGCCUCUUAUGUUAAUGACGCUAUUCCGGGCCCUCAUGACAUGGACAUGUUAUACCACAUAUUAUCUUCCCCACCUCGUAACUCCCGAUGUCGCCACUCCCAUUCACCCCUUCACAGUGCAUCAUCUGCUACAUCGGCGCCCAUCCUUGUCUCCAUAUGUUCUCGGGUAUCAUAAUGUAGAGUCUGCAUUCAC